CGCUCUUCUCUCUAGCUAUUGGAUCGGUGACUCUGCUUCUGUUAGUUUCAGCUUUGAGUCGCUGCUACAAUGUCUUGCAUAAAGAGAGUUGAUAGAUCCGCGUACGUUGCCAUGGCACCAGAAGCUCCGUUCAUAGCUGCCGGAACGAUGGCCGGAGCCGUUGAUCUGUCAUUCAGCUCAUCCUCCAACCUCGAGAUCUUUGAACUAGAUUUUAACUCCGAAGACCAUGAGAUGAAACUAUUAGGUCAGUGCUCAAGCUCCGAGAGGUUUACUCGACUCGCUUGGGGAAGUUAUGGAUCCGGAUCCGAGGAAUCUCCCUAUGGUUGCAUCGCCGGUGGCCUCGUCGACGGGAAUAUCGGUUUAUGGAAUCCACUCACUCUGAUUCGUUCCGAGUCUAAUGAAAGUGCGCACGUUAGAUACCUUUCAAAACAUAAAGGGCCGGUUCGUGCUCUUGAGUUUAAUGUUAUCUCCCCAAACCAACUUGCUUCCGGGGAUGAUGAUGAUGGCACGGUUUGCAUCUGGGAUUUAGCAGAUACUUCAGAGCCUUCUCAUGUCCUAAAGGGUACUGGAUCUUAUACGCAAGGUGAAAUCUCCUCUGUUUCAUGGAAUAGAGAGUUUAAACAUGUUUUAGCAUCUACCUCAUAUAAUGGGACUACUGUGAUAUGGGAUGUGAAUAACAAGAAGGUUAUAACAGGAUUCAAAAAUUCCGAAUCAAGCGAUAGAUUUAAAGGUCUCAUUAGCUGCUCAGUUUUGCAAUGGGAUCCUGAUAAUUGUAAUCAGAUAAUGAUUGCAUCAGAUGAAGAUAGUUCACCUUCUGUGAAGCUUUUGGACAUAAGGUAUCCACAAUCACCCGUUCGCACAUUUUCUGGCCACCACAGAGGUGUAAUUGCAAUGGAGUGGUGUCCAAGUGACAGCUUGUAUCUACUUACCUGUGCUAGAGACAACAGAACUAUUUGCUGGAACACAAAGACAGGACAGAUUGUGGCUGAGUUACCUACUACAAACAAUUCAAAUUUUGAUGUUCAUUGGUCCCCAAAGAUACCUGGAGUUGUAUCAGCAUCUUCAGCUGAUGGGAAUAUUAGCAUCUAUAACCUUGAGGGUUGCAGCCGCAAUGGUAGUGGAGAGAACAAUCUUAUUGAUGCAGCUCCUUUAACAGCACCAAAAUGGUGGAAGCGCCCGGUUAGUGCAUCUUUUGGAUUUGGAGGAAAGCUUGUGUCAUCUAACUCAAAGCUCCCUGAGGCUUCUGUGGUUUUCUUGCAUAGCCUUGCCACAGAACAAAGUUUGGUGAAUCGAAUAACUAAAUUUGAAACUGAGAUAGAAAACGGAGAGAAGACUUCACUAAUGAGUUUGUGCAAGAAGAAAUCUGAAGAGACCGAAUCCGAGGAGGAGAAAGAAACAUGGAGCUUGCUGAAAAUAAUGCUUGAAGAGGAUGGGAACGCAAAGACGAAGUUGCGUACCCAUCUUGGCUUUAGUUUACCUUGUGAGGAUCAAAAGGAUCAAGAGCAUCAUGCUACAUAUUCUUCUGAAAACGUAGAAGAAGAAAUCUCUGAUCCAUUAUUUGAUGAUGCCAUCGAACGUUCACUGAUUGUGGGAGAUUACAAGGAAGCAGUAGCUCAUUGUUUAUCUGCAAACAAGAUGGCUGAUGCUUUAGUUAUUGCUCACGUUGGUGGUUCUACCUUGUGGGAGAGUACUCUUGAUAAAUAUCUGAAGAUGAGCAAUGCACCUUACAUGAAGGUUGUUUCUGCAAUGGUGAACAAUGAUUUAAUGAGCCUUGUUCAUACAAGGCCAGCUAAAUUAUGGAAAGAAACUCUUGCUCUCAUCUGCACUUUUGCAGAAGGAGAUGAAUGGACAAGCCUCUGUGAUGCUCUUGCCUCACAUUUGUUGUCUUCUGGUUUUACUUUGGCUGCAACUCUGUGCUACAUUUGCGCCGGAAAUGUCGACAAAACAGUAGACAUAUGGUUGAGGGGACUUGAAAAAGACAAUGCUGGAAAGUCUUAUUCUGAGCGUGUUCAAGAUCUUAUGGAGAAGACUGUUGUCCUUGCUUUGGCAACCGAGAACAAGAGAUUCAGUGGCUCUUUAUACAAACUCUUUGAGAGUUAUGCUGAGAUAUUGGCCAGCCAAGGACUUCUUGCAACGGCUAUAAAGUUCUUAAAACUUCUUGAGCCUGGUGAUUUCUCAUCUGAACUUUCAAUAUUGAGGGAACGGUUUUCUCAAAGUGUUUAUCAGGAGCCAACUCAGACGCAGCCAAACCUUCUUAUCAGUCCAUAUAACCAAGCUCAGCCAGCUCUCCAGCCAUCUUUUACUCCAGCUCCAGUAACCAAUGCUCAGCCAUCAAAAACUACUUUAGUUUCUCUAAAUCCUCCUCCUCAUCAACAGAGGUCAAUGGAUUUUCAUUCAUCUACUAGAUACACGAACGCAACAUACAAUCCACCACCUGCUCUAUAUCUUAACUCUAAGAUUCACCAAACUGUUGUUCAACAAGUGGAACUCAUGGUUCCAGCACAGCGGGUAGCUGUGCAACCACCCCCUGCACCUGUAGCUCCACCACCAACUGUUCAGACAGCGGAUACUUCCAAUGUACCAGCCCACCAGAAACCUAUUGUGGCUACAUUGACAAGGCUUUUUAAAGAGACAUCAGACACAUUAGGUCCUGCCAAGAAGCGUGAUAUAGAAGGUAUCUCAAAAAAAGUAGGAUCUCUGUUUGCGAAACUCAAUAAUGAGGACAUCUCAAAGCACGCUGCAGAAAAACUCUCUCUGCUAUGUCAAGCUCUAGACAAACAGGACUUUAAUGCAGCUUUACAAAUACAGACGCAUAUGGCGUCCACCGAAUGGGACGAAUGCAACUUCUGGCUCCUACCACUUAAACAAAUGAUUAAAGGAAGGCAAAAUGUUCGAUGAAAAAGGAGUAUCAGCAGUUGCCUUAGAAAGCGUCAGAGCCAAGCAAUCUCGGGAAAGCCAGAGUUCAUGAGACUGGUGUUAAAAGUCGAAUACAGUUCUUAACAGAUUGUUUUCCUUUUCUUGUAAUGUUCUUAGCUAACUAAAGUCAAAAUGAAUGAAGUGAGACAUAUAUGGGCCCUUUCAAUAGAGCAUUAUCAAUUUAUCAUUAGUUAUGUAUACCUAAU